UACCACAUUUGUGUAAUUUCUGACGCGUUUGUACGCCCCAUACGUGAUUUAGGUAUAUAUAGUUCAGUGUUUGGCUCCCUUUCCCCUCAUUUUGCCCACUGGGCAUAAGAACAAACCUUUUCAUGUCUCGUUUUUCUUCUUACAAAUGUGUUUUAAGUAAAAUAAUAGACAUCCCAUCUCCUAGCUCGAGAUUGCGGAUAGACUGACAUUACUGGUUCGAGCUUGGAUCAAAUUUAUUUUUAUUUAUUUUUUAUUCUGUUGUGAAACUGUCGUAUUCAAACACUAUAUCGAAAUGAUGAAAGGUGGUUCUUUGCCGAAAAAGGAGAGCAAAAUGCGCAUACGUGCUUUUCCGACCUCCGUCGACGAAAAGUACGUUGAAAGCAUUUGGACGUUGCUGAAGAAUGCCAUUCAAGAAAUUCAGAAGAAAAACAAUUCAGGUCUCAGCUUUGAAGAACUUUAUCGAAAUGCAUAUACGAUGGUUCUUCAUAAAUAUGGAGAAAGACUCUACACAGGUUUAAAAGAAGUUGUUACACAACAUCUAGAGAAUAAAGUGCGUGAAGAUGUUCUUCAUUCACUUCACAAUAAUUUCCUACAAACAUUGAAUCAAGCAUGGAAUGAUCAUACAACGUCCAUGACGAUGAUCAGGGAUAUUUUGAUGUAUAUGGAUCGAGUUUAUGUACAACAAAAUGACGUAGAUAAUGUAUAUAAUCUCGGUCUGAUUAUUUUUCGAGAUCAGGUUGUUCGAUAUGGUUGUGUAAGAGAUCAUUUGCGAGAAACUUUGUUAGGAAUGGUUGCACGAGAAAGAAGAGGAGAAGUCGUUGAUCGUAUGGCUAUAAAAAAUGCAUGUCAAAUGUUGAUGUGUUUAGGAAUCAACAAUCGUUUAGUUUAUGAAGAAGAUUUCGAAAGACCGUUCUUACAGCAGAGUGCUGAAUUUUAUAGAAUGGAAUCUCAAAAGUUUUUAGCAGAAAAUAGUGCGUCGGUGUACAUAAAAAAAGUAGAAGCUAGAAUAGCUGAGGAAUCUGAAAGAGCAAAACAUUAUCUGGAUGAAUCGACGGAAUCACGAAUAGUAGAAGUUGUAGAAGAAGAGCUCAUAAAAAAUCACAUGAGAACCAUAGUGGAGAUGGAAAAUAGUGGUGUGGUACACAUGCUCAAAAAUCAAAAGACAGGUGACUUGAGCUGUAUGUAUAAGCUCUUCUCUCGAGUAACAGAUGGAUUACGUACAGUUUGUGAUUGUGUGUCACAAUUUUUACGAGAACAAGGUCGAUCUAUGGUCCAGGAAGAACAAGAUUCCACAACAAAUGCUGUCAAUUUCGUACAGAAUCUUUUAGAUCUUAAAGAAAGAUUUGAUCAUUUUCUUCAUUACUCUUUCAAUAAUGAUAGACUUUUUAAACAAAUGAUUGUGUCAGACUUUGAAUAUUUUCUUAAUUUAAAUUCAAAAAGUCCGGAAUAUCUUUCAUUAUUUAUUGACGACAAGUUAAAGAAAGGUGUCAAAGGGAUGACGGAACAAGAAAUAGAAGGAAUUCUUGAUAAAACAAUGGUUUUAUUUAGAUUUCUUCAAGAAAAAGAUGUAUUUGAGCGAUACUACAAACAACACUUGGCGAAACGUUUACUAUUAAAUAAAUCUGUCUCAGAUGACAGUGAAAAAAACAUGAUAUCAAAGCUAAAGACUGAGUGUGGCUGUCAAUUUACAUCUAAACUAGAAGGCAUGUUUAAAGAUAUAACAAUUAGUAAUACAAUUAUGGAUGAAUUCAAAGAUCAUGUUCAAGCAUCUGGGUUAAAUCUCCGCGGUGUGGACUUGAGUGUACGAGUGUUAACAACAGGUUUUUGGCCAACACAAUCAGCUACGCCAAAGUGUAGUAUGCCGCCCGCAGCUCGUGACGCCUUUGAUACUUUCCGUCGUUUUUAUCUCGCCAAACACAGCGGUAGACAACUGACACUUCAACCGCAACUUGGUUCAGCUGAUCUUAACGCCGUUUUCUACGGACCACGGAAAGAAGAGAAUUCCAGUUUACAGACACCAUCAUCUACAAGCUCAAUUAGCAGUGGUAAUGGCACCAAUCCUAGUGGUAAUCUCCUUAGUCAACGCACUAGUUGUAAUGGAAAUACCAGAAAACAUAUAAUUCAAGUUUCCACCUACCAAAUGUGUGUUCUAAUGUUAUUUAACAAUAAUGAUCAAUUGAGUUAUGAGGAAAUACAAAAUGAGACAAACAUUCCGGAGAGAGACUUAGUAAGAGCGUUACAAUCAUUAGCCAUGGGUAAAGCUGCACAAAGAAUUUUGCUUAAACAUCCACGGUCAAAAGAAAUUGAACCAACUCAUUGGUUUACUGUUAACGAUAGUUUUACUAGUAAAUUACACAGAGUUAAAAUUCAGACAGUAGCAGCCAAAGGUGAGUCCGAGCCAGAAAGAAAAGAAACAAGAAAUAAAGUUGAUGAAGAUAGAAAGCAUGAAAUUGAAGCAGCUAUUGUAAGAAUUAUGAAAGCUCGUAAACGUAUGCCGCAUAAUAUUCUUGUAACUGAAGUAACGGAACAACUACGUGCACGAUUUUUACCAUCACCGAUGAUUAUCAAAAAACGUAUAGAAGGAUUAAUAGAAAGAGAAUAUCUAGCGCGAACUCCAGAGGACAGAAAAGUGUACACUUACGUCGCUUAAUAUGGAACUCGCAUUUGUACAAACACGUGAGUAACCGAGCCACAACCACUCAAUUCUGAAGGAGUGAAGUGAAUGAUAAAAUAUAAAAAAAAGGGAAAAAUAUAAUAAGAGAUUGAAAAGAAAAAAAAAUUAUAAAUUGAUACGUGAAACAUGGUGUCGUUUCUUCGUUUGAAAAUUUCACUACAUUCGGACUCAAGUAAUCUUUGUCCGUGUAAUAGUAUAACAAUUUACCAAUAAGAUUAAGAAAAAAAUUUUAAGAAUAUUAUUAAAUAUCAAUGAAAUAAUUAUAACAGAUUUAAAUUA